CCUGAUUGGUCGCUGCGGUUUGAAGCCUAGGAGAUGAUGUUCAUGGCUACCAGACUGUAUUUUUUAUUCAAAUCAAGUUCUGAAGUGGACAUGAAAAUGGAUGCAGAACAAAAGGACUGUUUCAGAUCUACGAGACAUCAGUGAAUGGGACACUGGAGCGUCUGACCCCCAUACUGCGAGAUGUGACAGGAUGCUGAACCAUCACUGCAGAAGGAACCCGGAGUUGCAGGAGGAGCUGCAGAUCCAGGCGGCGGUGACGGCCGGUGAUGUCUACACCGUUCGCAAGAUGCUGGAGCAGGGUUAUUCGCCCAAGAUCAGAGACGCCAAUGGCUGGACGCUGCUGCACUUCUCUGCAGCAAAGGGCAAGGAACGCUGUGUGCGUGUUUUCCUCGAACACGGAGCGGAUCCCACAGUGAAGGACUUUAUUGGAGGCUUCACUGCCCUGCAUUACGCUGCCAUGCAUGGCCGUGCCCGUAUCGCCCGCCUCAUGCUGGAAUCAGAGUAUCGUAGUGACAUCAUCAACGCCAAGAGCAACGACGGUUGGACACCUUUACAUGUGGCAGCUCACUACGGGCGUGACUCUUUCGUGCGUCUCCUCUUAGAGUUCAAAACCGAGGUGGACCCGCUCAGUGAUAAAGGCACCACGCCACUUCAGCUCGCAAUUAUCCGUGAACGUUCGAGCUGCGUACGCAUUCUGCUUGAUCACAACGCCAACAUAGACAUUCAGAACGGCUUCUUGUUGCGUUAUGCUGUCAUAAAGGGCAACCACUCAUAUUGCCGAAUGUUCCUGCAACGGGGAGCGGACACUAACCUGGGUCGUCUGGAGGAUGGACAAACACCGCUGCACCUGUCAGCGCUCAGAGACGAUGUGCUGUGUGCUCGGAUGCUCUACACGUAUGGAGCCGAUACGAACACGCGGAACUAUGAAGGCCAGACGCCUGUGGCUGUUUCAGUCACUAUGUCUGGCAUCAGUCGGCCCUGUCUGGACUUUCUGCAGGAGGUCACAAGGCAACCCAGGACUUUGCAGGAUCUGUGCAGGAUAAAGAUCCGACAGUGCAUCGGUCUCCAGAGUUUAAAGUUUCUGGAGGAUCUUCCCAUUGCCAAGGUCAUGAAGGACUACUUAAAACACAAAUUUGACAGUGUUUGACGGAGGCCGACAAACUCAGGCCAAGAGCAUGUCUGUAGGUUCUAUAAGACUCUAUGCAAACUCUUUUAUUUUAUUUUAUAAUUUCUACUCAAAACCAGUGGGAGCAGGUCAAAGUUUUGUAAAACUUUGUUGGUACGGAGUGAAAAUACAUAUUUACGGAUUGACUGUGCAACUGGGAGCACUGCAACGGGCUGCAAGUUGAUGCGUUUGUAGAAGGUGUUGGUUUGUGCACCAUGGGGGCAUGCCUGGAAAAAUUCCUGACCCAUGACAGAAGAAUUUUGGAACAUGUGAGCCUCAUUUGCACCAAAUAUUUUUUAAUAUUUUUUUUUAAAUCAGCAAGGCCUUUGUAAAUAUUUGACAUGUUCUAUUGUCUAAAUUCUCAGACAAGAAAAAGAUAACCCUUUGAAACAUUGGAAACAAAUUGGCAAAUAUUUAAGUAACCCUCACAAUUUUGUAUAAAUAAAAAUGUGCAUGUGGUAACCGUAUCAUGAUUUUUACUCUGGAGAAAUUAUUUUUUAAGUUUUAAACAUUUUAAUAGCACUGUUAAGAAUUGUUUUUUUGUUUGUUUUUUUCACAGCAAAAUCCCAUGGUCUCUACAUCUGAGAGUGACUUUUUUGUUGUUGUUUUGAAGAAUAUACAUUAGACAAAAUAUACAUUUACAAAUCUUUAUCAGUAUAAACUCGGUAUCAAAGGUGCUUGUCUAUAGUUGCCAUUGAAAGGCAUAUGAAAAGAUAUAGUGGCAACAAGUUGAACAUAUACACUCAUAAAUCCUUAACAAAGAUUAUGUAAAUAAUUGUGUCGUAUGUACAGCAGAUAUUUUUAGACUAUUUAAGUCACAAGCUUAUUUUAUCAAAGUGUUUCGGGGUUUUGUUGAGUGAUUGUUUUACAUGUGACCUGUCAAGGGCUUUGAUGCCGGAAAGUUUGGAACCAUAAUUCAAAAAAAAAAAAAAUCAAUCAAUUACUAAUUAAUUGAAGCUUAAUUUUAAUUUGCCCCCUUUGUUUUUUUUUUAAUUUAUUUUUUUUUUUUUUUUAUGCACAUUAAAAA